AGAUUCAGCAACGUUACACCUGCAAGUACGGUAGCCCCGAAGGGAAAAUCAGGAGACUCUUUUCAAAAGCACGGUGAACAGACGAGCUACUCAAAACUGAGAGACUACCAGCUUCACAAAACUUUCGUUCAUCAUGAUGGAUCUUUCACAUCAGUCUAUGAAAGUUGCCCAUCAAGCCCGGGAGGCGGAUGAGCUGAGGACUGAGAUGAGGAGGAAGAGCCUCCUCAUCCUCAUAUACCAACACCUGGUGGGACAAGGCUACGUGGCUGCAGCAGUGGCCUUGGACCAGGAGACUAAUGGAGGCGUGAGAAGGUUUGAGGUUUGCGAUAACAUCGAUCUGGAGAUGGUGCUGAUGGAGUUCGAGAGCUAUCACUACGUCAAGUUUCAGAAAUAUCCCAAACUCAUCAGAAGGACAGCAGAACUAGGUGAAAACAGAUAUGUAAAAAGUGGUGGAAUAAAGAGGAGUCCCUGUUCAGCAAAGCCUCUCCCCAAAAUUAACACGUCCCAGAACCCACAGUCUGGAAUCACAAAGAGGACAGCUGCCAGCUCACAUACAAAUGAGAACGGCUCCUCUGUCCAUCCAGAGUCGUCAGAAUUUGGUUUCAGCGUUUUGUCCAUCAGAAAUGGAGCAGCCAGGGAGGCAGCCAUGAACAGAAAGGGCCAGAUGACUGACGGCAAAGGUCCAGUUCAUGAUGCUGUCAAAGGAGCUGGCAGUGACUCAGACCACAUGGAGCGGCUGCUGAAGCCACUGAGUGGCUUUUCUGGAAUGACCGGUGAGAUGAGAGAACUGGCUGCAAUCAUCAGCAGGGACAUCUAUUUGCACAGCCCCAAUGUGCGGUGGGAGGACAUCAUCGGCCUGGAGGACGCCAAGCGAUUAGUCAAAGAGGCCGUCGUCUAUCCCAUUAAGUACCCCCAGCUGUUUACGGGUAUCCUGUCUCCGUGGAAGGGCUUGCUGCUCUAUGGCCCCACAGGUACAGGUAAGACGCUGCUGGCCAAGGCUGUGGCUACCGAGUGCAGGACGACCUUCUUCAACAUCUCAGCCUCCAGCAUUGUCAGCAAGUGGAGAGGAGACUCUGAGAAACUGGUCAGGGUUCUGUUCGAGCUGGCCAGGUACCACGCCCCGUCCACCAUCUUCCUCGAUGAGCUGGAGUCAGUGAUGAGCCAGAGAGGAACAAGCACAGGGGGAGAGCAUGAGGGGAGCCGCAGGAUGAAGACUGAGCUGCUGGUUCAGAUGGACGGACUGGCGAGAUCAGAGGACCUGGUGUUUGUGCUGGCUGCCUCCAACCUGCCUUGGGAACUGGACCAUGCCAUGCUCAGGAGGUUAGAGAAAAGGAUUCUAGUUAGUCUUCCCUCCUCGCCAGCUCGCCAAGCCAUGAUCUCUCAUUGGCUGCCUCCCCUCAGCUCCACAGGAGGGGUGGAGCUACGAACUGAGCUGGACUAUGAAACUCUGGCGAAGGGGAUGGAGGGUUACUCCGGCUCUGAUAUAAGACUGGUGUGUAAGGAGGCUGCCAUGAGACCAGUCCGCAAGAUCUUCGAUGCUCUGGAGUUACAUCAGGAAGGAGAUACCGACAUGCCUGCCAUCCAGCUGGAAACUGUGACAACAGCUGACUUCCUGGAAGUCACUGCGCACUCCAAACCCUCUGCCAGAAACCUGAUGGACAGAUAUACAGCCUGGGAGAGAGAGUACGAGUCUGUCUGACACGCAAGAAAAAAAUUCUCUUACUUACAGAAACAGCCACAUCAUUAGUUUAGCAGGUUUAACUAAAUGAAAUGAGCUUUAUGUGUCUCCAUGAUAAUACCUGCAGUGAAAUAUUUGACAUUUGUAAGGCAUCGUUUUUCUCUCAUACAUACCAUUUUUAGCGCAUCUGUGACUGAACAGUACUUUAAAACUUUGAUAUUCUGAGCCAACACUACUGAUUCAUUUUGUUUAUCUGUGCAAUGAUUGUGAGCAAAAAGUUAAUAAUAGUAAUAAUAAUAAACAGUAGUUACUA